CGCUUCGCGUCGUUUGCCUUCCCCGUGACGCCAUGGAUCGGAAGAACACCUCUCCUCAAGGCGAAACGGCUCGUGUCUUAGUUGAGUUCUUGGAGGUCGCCAUCACCUCCAUCGUCUUCCUCAAGGGCUUCUAUCCUUCUGAGGCCUUUGAGAGGAGGAGGUACAUGAACGUGGUGGUGCACAGGGCGCGGCACCCGCAGCUCUCCGGCUACAUCCACUCCGUGACUGCCGGUCUUCUCCCCUUCGUCCAAAAGGGGUUGGUGGAGAGGGUGAAUGUGAUCUUCUACGACAAUGAACAUGUCCCGAUCGAAAAAUUCAUUUUCAAGAUUAUUGUCAACCAGUCUUACAACUCCAAGGUGGAAGAGAAUGAUCUUGAGUUUGCUCUCAGAGCAUUCCUCAUCAAGCUGACAGUCGCCGAGCCCCUUACCAAACCUCUUCCAUCUGGUAGCAGUUGGGAGGUCACUGCCUACUUUCGAGCCCUUCCUCAGGACAGCAGCAACAAGGAGGCUCGGAUGUGGGUUCCAACGGACACAAAGCAGUGGCUGCAGCCCCCAGACAUAACACCGAUAAAAUCAAUGAGCAGCGAGCCUUUGAAGGUACAACUUUACCUAGAACAUCCCAAUCCUUCAGAACCAAAGAAUCUAGGAGUGUGAUGAUAUACUGCACAUUUUUCUAAAAGGAAAUUACUAUACUUCUGUUAAAUUAUGGAUCUUGCAUAGUUGUAGGGCUGUGUGUAGGUUGUGUUGUAUAUCUUGCAACUCUUUAAUUCAUGGCUUAUUAGGCUGCAGUGGUUCAAACAUUGAGUUCAUGAGGUUCUACAUCUUGUCAAUUUCUUAUUGA